AUGUGUCGAUGGCUUGUUGAAGCCAUACCAAACACGAGAGCAAUAUGGACGUCGACAAAUGAAGGCAAGUUCAAGCAACUAUUUGUUUCUUAUGGUUGCUCUAUUGCUGCAUUCAGAAAAGGUUAUUUAAGGCCAGUUUUGAAAUUGGACGCAUGUUUCUUGACUGGAUACUAUCGGGGCCACGUUCUAUCGGCUAGUGCACAUGAUACGGACAAUGGGUUAUACCCCCUAGCAUAUGCCAUUGUGUCUAGUGAGAAUGAUGAAGACUGGUUAUGGUUCUUGAUUAAUCUUAAGGAAGUUAUUGGAGGACGUCAAGUUGUGUUGGUCACCGAUCGGAACACUUCUUUGUUGAGUAGUAUAAUUAAGGUUUUUGGCGGGGAUUGUAAUUCAUGGUGUCUCCGUCACCUAAAGGAAAACUUCAGCAAGUUUGCUAGCUCAAAGGAGUUGAAAGCUGAAAGACGGAACACGGCUCUAAAGGUGGUUAAUGAUCUUGCGUAUGCAAGGACCGAAGACUCAUUCAGGUAUCAUUUGGGCAAGUUGUAUGGGAUUUGUCCUGAUCUUUCAAAAUGGGUGGAAGAUAACAAUCCAAAGCACUGGUCGAAUGCAUUUUUCCCUUACAAGAGAUGGGACAAGAUGUACACAAAUCUGGCUGAAUGUUUCAAUUCUUGGAUAUUGCCAUUAAGGGAAUUGGACAUCAUCCAAUUUAUGACAGGACACGUGUCCAAGACCACUAAGUUGUUGCUCCGUAAGCAUACCGAGGUUAGGAAAUGGAAAUUGCCGGUUGGGAAACAAAUUGAGGAUAUGACAUUAAGAAGUCUCAAGAAUAUGCUCGAAAAUUUACGCAUCGUAACUCCUCGCCGACCGAGUUCAUUGUCGCUAAUGACACUAGGCGACUUUAUGCAGUCAAGUUGA